ACUCUCUCUCUCUCUCUCCUCUCCCCUCUCUCUCUCCAUGGAGGCCCCACCGCCCCCGCUCUCCGCCCCCAUCCCAACCACCACCACUUCCGCCGCCGGGGCGGCGGCGGCGGCGCCGUACCCAGACUCCCUCGACUCCUCCCCCCGCUCCCGCCACACCGACUCCUGGGAAACGGACCCCCCGCCGCCGCAGAAACUUCGCCUGAUGUGCAGCUACGGCGGCCACAUCGUCCCCCGCCCCCACGACAAAACCCUCUGCUACAUCGGCGGCGACACCCGAAUCAUCGUCGUCGACCGUCACACCUCCCUCGCCGACCUCCACCACCGCCUCUCCAAAACCCUACUCCAUAACAACACCUUCUCCCUCAAAUACCAGCUCCCCAACGAAGACCUCGACUCCCUAAUCUCCGUCACCACCGACGAAGAUCUCGACAAUAUGAUCGACGAGUACGACCGCCUCCACUCCUCCGGCGCCGCCGGCCUCAAGCCCGGGCGCCUCCGCCUCUUCCUCUUCCCCAAGUCGCCGCCGCCCGCCGCCGCCGCCAGCAUCGAGCAGCUCCUCGUCGAGACUGCUUCCACCAAAUCCGACGACUGGUUCUUCAACGUCCUCAAUGGCAAAACCAGCGAUCGAGGCUUCUCCGAGUCCUCCUCCGUCAAUUGCCUCCUCGGAUUGGACGACGACUCCGUCGGAAAGGCGUCGGCGGCUGCCGCCGCCGAUCCCCAAAAUGAGGGAUCGAAGAAUGGGGGAAACAAUACAGUCCCCAACCACGAUGUCCACUCUGUACCUGAUUCUCCGAUGCUCGAAACGACGUCGUCGUUCGGGUCGACCUCGAGCUCUCCGUCGGUGGCGAAUCUGCCGCCGAUUAGGGUUAAGGUCGACGACAAUCGGAUCGAGGACCAAUUUCAGCAGAUGACGGUGGGGGUCACCGGGAAUGUUGCUGCAGCGGCGGCGCCUCCGCCGCUGCAGAGGCAGGAGGAGGUUGGGGGUUUUGUAGCCACCGGAGUCGACGGCGGGGGGGUGGUGGUUUCCGGUGACUACCGCGUCGUCUCCGACGACGAAAGAUCGGAUCACGGGGGUUACAGGAAGGUACAACAGAUUCAGCCGCAGGUACAAGUUAUGCAAGCGCAGCAGCAGAUUCCUCCUCAGUAUCAGCAGAUGAAACAAACUGGUGCCGCCAUUGAUUUCCCAUCUCCAGAUUCAGUUUCAAGCGAAGGAAGCAUUCAAUUAUCAAGACAGAGACAAGCAAUGUAUCAAGAAUCAAUUAUGCAAAUGCAAUCAGGAAACCCUAAGCCUAGUGAUCAAAACACCAACAAAAUUCAGAUGCAACCACAAAUUCAAGAAUCAGGUUUCGGAAUACCUGCCCAAUUCGAUCCCAGCCAUAGUCACGCCCAAUUGCAUCACCCGCAGCAAUUCAUCCAUGCCGGAAACCAAUACAUCCCCGCCGGAGCAAUGCCUGUUCCAUCAUACUAUUCGAUUUAUCCUCCCCACCACCAGCAGCAGCAGCAGCCUCAGCAUCCACACCAGCCAAUGCUAGACCAGCAGUACCCGAUUUACUUCGUCACCGCCAGACCACCCCAAGCUUACAACAUACCUACGCAGCAAUCGGGUUAUACUGACCUAGCGGCGCCAGCUGGCAGUCGACCCCAGACCCCUACUGCCCCUGUGCUAACUUCACACGCCGGUUACACUCAGGCCAUCAAUGCACCUUCUUCCAAACCAGAAAUGGCUUCUGGAGUGUACAGAACUGCUGCUGCACCUGGAGGGGCGCCGCAAAUACUGCAAAUCCCAUUGUCACAGCAGCAGGCGCAGUAUGUCGGCUUCCCUCAACAAGUUCAUCAUCCCUCUCAGUCGAUGGCACCUUCUUCGGCUGCAAAUGCAAACUAUGAAUUUGCUGAUCCUGCUCACGCUCAAAUGUAUUAUACUCAAGCGUUGCCGCCUCAGUUGGCUGCUCAGUACCAAACAAUGACGGCUGCACCUUCCGGGGUGGGGCCGGAUGUCUCUGCUCCGAUCCCUGCAGACAAUGUGAAACAGCAAGUGAGGAAUUUGCCGCAAUGAGCAGGUGAGUUUGGUGUGGAUAAACAAUUUUGCAGCAGCAUGUUCGGUUUUACAUUUAAAGUUUUAUGUUGGCUUGUCUAAUUGUUAUCGUUCUUUUAUUUUGAUUAUUAUUAUUAUUGUGAUUGUUAUUAUUCUUGGUUUGUGGCUUGUAAGUUGAAUAGGUAAUAAGGAAUCCUGCUCCACGCAUUGUUCCUGCGUAGUGUCAUUUCUAUUCUCGAGUAAAAAUAGACGAUGUGUGAUAUUAUACUGUAAAAUCUCAAGACAUUAUAAGUUCGUAGGUCAGCCUAUAUUCAUAUUGCAGUUUGAUUGAAUAAAUUCGUGUUUUUAUUCAGUGAGUUC